ACCUCGCGGAUUACUGGUGCCCAAGUCACAUCGCCAGUUCAGGCCUUUCAGCCCAGCUUCAAUGCUGCACGCGAUGACGCCGUUCGCAACCUACACUCGCCCCUUCGUCACUCCCACUGGAAGCCAGGUGCUUCUUCUAGACGACCGUUCGGUUCAACUUCAGUCAGGGCCUCUGUACGCGAUGCCCAUAUACGCGGGCACCACCCCUACAUCUACAUCCGAUCGACCCUUACCGCUGCCUCCACAGUCGGCGACCGGAGUAUUUCCAGCGACUCCCGCCGUACUCGUGGCUCGCGACGACGACCGCUUUGCCAAGAAAGUGCCCAUGGAGUCCAAGUCAACCUCGACAGACUGGCCACUUCGGUCCUACUCCGAGCCCUGCACCAACGGCUUCCGGAACGACGAAUGUCGGCGACACUAAGAGCCUCCUCGACGAAGUCGAGAAGAAACUGGAGCAGGACAGGAAGCCUCCGGAUGAAAGUCGGUCGCGAACCGUGACUCCCGCCUCUGGAGGCGGAGUGUCCAAAAUCACAAUGGUCGAGACGAUGACCAUCAUGGAGACGUUGGAAUCUACGACAGUGUCGAGGCGUGCCAUCGAUGAGACAUCCCUCAAGUCCAUCUGCGGUCGCUCCGAAAAAGAGGAUGUCUUGUCGGGUCUCUCCGACUCCCCGAUCCCUUUUGCCGACGACGAUGACGUAAUGGAAGAGCUCGGAUUUUCGUCAACGGUCGAGUCGAGGUCCGCCUCUCGGGCCGAAGAAAAGAGCGAAGUGGUGAGUGACGAGAAAGUCACCAUGUACUCGUCGACGAGGAAGCAUUCCCUGCCCCGUACUGAACAGAAGGAGAUGGCUCAGUCGAGGGAGGUGAAGUCACCACUUCUUUCGAAGCAGGUUAAUGGUGAGCACACAACACCGAAGCCGGCUUCGCCACCUCGUGUUUCAUCACCACAGGAAUCCUCCACGCCACCACGAGCCGUGACGCCUCCGCUUUCACCGGUGAAAGGACCAUUGCUGAACGGCCACCGCAGUCCUCCUUGUAGUUCUUCUCGUAGUCCGCCACACAGUCCACCCCGCAGUCCACCUCGCAGUCCACCUCUGGAGACGUCCUUUGACGCUGUGGACAGGGGAUUCCACAUCGAACCACUCAAGAAGAAAGUCCCGAACGGGGUGACUGUCUUGUCCAGCUCUAAAGGCGAGUCCAUCACCUCCAAGUUCCAGAGGCCGUCAUGCAUCAGUCCUUCAAGCUCUACAGUUACAACAGGUCCAGACGGAACGCUCAGGGGAGCCCACGCAAGAACCGCGGCUCAAACUUUCGCCGCCACCACGAAGGAAUAUUGCAACGGUGACGUCCGCCGACCUCUGGGACCGUUCAAGGCGACCAAGUCUAUGAGCGACUCCAACCUGGGCGCGAGGAUGAGAUCUCCCACGAAGCGACCCACGACUUCUCAGGCCACGCAGACUCCGAACGGUGUGCUUCCGACGUUCCAGAGGCGAGGCGAGAGCGGCUUCGGAGGUCGAGCCAUGGGCGUGCAGACGGACGACCGGAUUGAGUCGUUCCUCCGAGACACGCUGCGCAGCUCGGCCAAGGAGGUGGAGUUUGUCACCAAGGUGGACAGCAGCCAGCCUUCCAAGACGCUGAGGAAAAAGGUCACCACCAAGAUCCUGCGCGGCACCAGUGGCAAGGUUGGCGGCGUGAGGGAGAUCAUCGAGGAGAUCUACGACCAGUCGUCGGUGGUAGUCCGUCCCAGCCCCGCAGUGAAGAACGUAACCCGCAGCGUGCAGCAGACCAGCGACGGCCAGAAGUACCUGACCACGGUCAUCACGGAGGCGCCGCCCGCCGGACGCUCGAGGCGCAACCGGAGAAGGGGAUUCGGUGAUCCAGACACGCAUAUCAUCAUGGUAUGACUGUCUCUACAAGACAGCGUCACACGAGACUGCAGUCAGCCUUUUCGUGCAUCAUGACUAAGUCAUAUAUGUAGACAUGUGACGUGGCCAUCGGACAGGAGCCAACCAUGACGGCACGUACCUCUCGACGGACUCUGUGGUUUCCAUUGCCUUUGCUUGGCGAGAAACACUUAAGGAAGUGCUUUACCAUUGUGCUUUUAUGUCUCGUUUUCAGCGCUUCUAAAGCCACGUCUCAAGAUCGAAUACUGUACGAGUGACAUGCAAAUGCCGUGUUUGCACAUUGCUUUGCCCUGGAGCAACGUCACACUGUUCUUACAAGCGGCGCUGUUCAUGCCGUGCAACAGCCACGGGUGCGUGAAAGUUCCGACCAUUGUGUCCAUUUUAUUGUAGCUAUUUUCGGCGGAUGGUACUUACAAAAUCCGAGAUCUAUGACGUCUCCAGAUAUCGAGUGAUGUUCUCAAGGCAGCUGUGUGAAUAUAGUUUUUAGCGAGUUUGUUGAAACACUACCUCCCCCCCCCCCCGG